GAGACGGCUCAGCUGAUUUGGUUUAGGUGUUAGCAACAUGUGCUAAGCUCAAUGACUGGGGCUGCUCCUGUGUCAGUGGAAAAGUACAGCAGGAGAAGUGGUGGUGGCCGGGUGGUGGUAUAUCCCUGGUUCAACUGUCCAAGCACCACUUUGACAUGAGACAACAGAGAGAACACAUGCAUCUGAUAGUAAUGAGGCGGUAGGCAAAAAGGCAAAUUGGGGAUAGAGUUUGUGGGCUCUGCAGAGGAGAAUACUAAGCAGUUUGCUGUUGCUGUUGGCAACUCUUUGGAGAGAGAGCAUCAGGAUGGAUGGGAGAGGCAGCAGCCCCGGUAGAGCUAGCCAGGACAGGAGUCUGGUGAAGAAAACACAGGAACUGCUUGAUCGUGGUCAGUGGGCGAACAAGAUUGAAUUCCUUUUGGCUGUGGCAGGAACACUAGUAGGACUUGGAAAUCUGUGGAGGUUCCCCUAUUUGUGCUACAAGAAUGGAGGAGGAGCAUUCUUGGUGCCUUAUGUUCUAUUCCUGCUGUCAUGUGGGAUUCCCCAGUUUCUCAUGGAGACUGCUAUGGGGCAGUACACAUCACAGGGGUGCAUCACUUGCUGGAGACACUUCUGCCCCCUGUUUGAAGGAAUUGGCUACGCAACUCAGGUGGUGAUAGCCUACGCUGCAGUGUCAUACAUUGUGAUCCAAGCGUGGGCCUUCUUCUACCUCUUCCACUCCUUCAACGCAGAGGUCCCCUGGGCCAGCUGCAGAAACGAAUGGAACACAGAAAACUGUGUAGAAUUUGAUAAGACUAAUUCAUCUUCCAACUGGACAGCUUCCCCGAAUGCAACAACACCAGCCACUGAGUUUUGGGAACGGCGAGUGUUGGGUAUAUCUGACAGCAUCGAGAACAUUGGGAGCCUGCGAUGGGAGCUCGUCCUGUGUCUUUUACUGGCCUGGAUCAUUUGUUACUUCUGUGUCUGGAAAGGAGUCAGAUCCACGGGAAAGGUGGUUUACUUCACUGCCACUUUCCCAUAUCUGAUGCUGGUGGUCCUCUUGGUUCGUGGCCUCACUUUACCCGGAGCUAUGAACGGCUUAGCUUUCUACCUGUAUCCUGAUCCCUCACGACUGGCUGACCCUCAAGUGUGGAUGGAUGCAGGUGCACAAGUUCUCUUUUCUUUUGGGAUUUGUCAAGGAACACUGACAGCUCUAGGGAGCUACAACCAAUAUAGCAAUAAUGUUUACAAGGACACAUUCGUUCUAUGUCUGGUAAAUGGAGGGUCAAGUUUUGUAGCAGGAUUUGCUAUCUUUUCUGUUUUGGGUUUUAUGUCUUACGAGCAAGGACUUCCCAUAUCUCAAGUGGCUGCAUCAGGUCCUGGUUUGGCGUUCAUUGCUUACCCACGGGCUGUGGCCAUGAUGCCCCUGCCUCAGCUGUGGGCCAUCUGCUUCUUCAUCAUGGUGAUUCUCCUUGGAGCCGACACGCAGUUUGUCAGUCUGGAGUGUCUGAUGACUUCAGUGACAGACAUGUUCCCCACUGUUUUUCGAAGAGCGUACCGACGAGAGCUACUGCUGCUGUGCCUCUGCACCGUCUGCUUCUUCUUGGGACUCCUUCUGGUCACAGAGGGAGGAUUGUAUUUUCUCCAACUGUUUGACCAUUAUGUCUGUAGUGGGAACAACCUCCUUCUUUUAUCAGUUUGCCAGACAAUUGCAAUUGGAUGGAUUUACGGGGGUGAUCGCCUGUACGAUAACAUUGAAGACAUGAUUGGUUUUCGUCCUGGACCUCUAAUGAAGAUCUGCUGGCGUUACGUCACUCCAAUUGUUUGUUUUGGAACCUUCCUUUUCUCCAUUGUGCGAUAUCAGCCUCUGAAGUUCAACAAAACCUACGUGUACCCGACCUGGGCCUACACUCUAGGCUGGUCCCUGGGCCUCUUCUGUGUCCUCCUGGUGCCUCUGUGGAGCAUCUACAGACUAACUCAGAUGAAAGGACCCGUUUUGCAGAAUCUGAGGCAGCUUUGUCGACCUGAAGUGAAGACCCAGAGCAAGAAUGGUCCUGAGCAGUGUCCUCUGAACCCAGACACGAAAGCUCCCCCUGUGGACGUCAAAGACAAUGCCACAGUGGAGAUGGAGAACCAAGUCUGAUACCCUGCAUCACUAGGACAAUUUUUCUAUUUUAUACAGUUUUCAUUUGGUUGUGGUCCUUUUUGGUAUUUUUGAAUGUGACCUUUAUAUCUUUAUAUCUUAUUAAUGUAAAGUUAUAUAUAUAUGAAGCCAUUUGGAACUGAAGACUUUUGAAUAAUGACUUAAAUAGGUGAACAAUAAUAGAAGCAUUUGUAUUUUGAAGCAGGUUGUAAACUGUAAAUAGGAAGUUUCUUUUUGAAAUGUGAAGGUAAUGACUAUUUUUCGAGAUGUUGUUAAUGCUUAUGUAUUUGUAUUUAUUUAACAUAAUUUCUAGAGGACAAUCAUAUUUUUCUGAAGUCUUCCUCUGUACAAUGCCUUUAGAUGUGGUUUCUUGGCUCAGUGCUGCCAAAUGGUAAAAAAUAAGCUAUGAUAGCUAUGAUUGCACUUUAAAUAUCUUUAAGUUCAGCAUUCAUUGGAACAAACGCACUUCAGGGGACAAUAAUAAUGGCCUUCUCACAUUAUCACUAUGUAGCUUUGUGAGCAGAUGAGACAAAGCAUCAUCAUCAAAUCAUAAUCCAACUGUAACA